AUGGCGGCUCCUUCGGCCCAGGCCACCGUUACGCUACAAGAUGCCUUCGAGCGGUUUGCGUCCACUGUUACGCCAGAAGACAGGCGAAUUUUCCAUAACACUCAGCUCAAAGAUGUUCAGGAAGAAGUCAUGCGUAUCGAGCGGCAGCUCCGUGCUCGUCGCAUGCAGAAGAAUAUGGCUCGGCUUGACCCAUUCCUACAAGGGAUGGAGCAUUACUCCAAGGUCGUUGAGGUGCUGUGCAAUGGCACACCUUAUCUUGCCUGGAUCUGGGCGCCAGUUAAACUCAUGCUCACUAUCGCGGUCGAUUCCAUUAGUGCUUUCGAAAAGUUGAUAGAAGCAUACGGCAAGAUCGCCGACAUGCUUCCUCGCCUUGACCGACUCAAUCAUGCGCUUGCCGACGACCACAACUUUCAGAAUGUCUUGGCUUUGGUCUACUCCGAUAUUGUAGAAUUUCAUCGGCGAGCUUACAAGUUUGUGCGAAGAAAAUCAUGGGCUAUCUUCUUUAGCUCAAUGUGGGAUGGGUUUGAAUCCCGAUUCAACGGGAUAUUGAAAAACUUAGCAUACCAUGGAGGACUGGUUGAGAAAGAAGCUGCUGCGGCGGAAAUCUCUGAAGCUGUUCGACGUAGCAAGGCUGACGACGAGAAGUGGGAGCAGCAAGAGCGUGAAUGGAACGCUGCCAAAAUCCAGAAAGUCCUAGCUUGGUUUGGAACAAAUGAAACACUCCAAGCUGACAUACUCGAACGGUAUAUGGGAGAUUACUUACCGGGAAGCUGCGAGUGGUUUGUACAGCACAAAGAAACCCAACUAUGGCUGGGAGAUAGCGCAAAGAAUCCUCUACUAUGGCUUUGCGGGAAGCCGGGAGCAGGAAAAUUCAUGAUAUGCUCUAGUGUUGUGCAACAUGCAGAGGCAAAUGCAGUUCACGUUUUCUACUACUUUUGUAUUUUCUUUGGAAGCCAUUCCGAUAGUCCAAGCCGGCUGCUGCGAUCCAUCAUCUCGCAGGUCAUCCAGAAGCAUCAGGAUCUUGCAAUCUACGUUCAUGACGUCUACUUCACUUCCCACCCAAUGCCAACAAAGAAGGCAUUACUGGAUCUUCUCCCUGAACUUCUCCAAGGGUUGGGCUCUGUGAGACUUGUUAUAGAUGGUGUUGACGAAUGGAUUUCACGAGAUCAAAAAGAGCUUCUCAAAGAUCUUGUCGAACUGGUAUCUCCUGCUCAUUCUACUCACAGCUGCAAGAUUAUGAUUGUCAGCCGAGAGACGAUGGAUAUUUCACGAUCUUUGCGCAAAAAGGAAAAAAUGGUAACAAAAAUCUCUCUCAGUAACACCAACGAAAGCUUUGCGGUUACCCGCGCGAUUGCCAAUUUCGUUGACAGCAAGCUUUCUGAUCUUCCUGAUCAUUUCGAUGAGCUCGAUCCCGAUGCAUCUAUCCUAGUUCAUGUCAAAGAAACUCUACGUAUGUUCCUGUGGGUAAGCCCCGUACUGAAAUCACUUGAUACGGUUUACAGCCCCGAAGAGCUGCGUAAAAUCGUUGAUGAUCUUCCCUCUGAUCUCGAAAAUCUCUUUGAUCAAAUUUUCAUUCGUCUCUGCGGCGCUCCAGGUGCGCGUAAUUACGGAGGCGUGCCAGGUGUCAUGAGCUGGAUAUGCUUUGCCUGGAGGCCUUUGCAUAAGUCAGAGCUACUGCACGCACUGUCGAUUUUUCCAUACAACUCCAGCUCUCAAGUCCAGAGUAUCCCUGUCGCUUCUAUACUUGAUCACUGCAAACCGUUCAUAGAAGAACUGCCGGACUCGACGAUAGUACCAGUUCACUUUUCGGUAAAAGAGUACUUCAUUAGAUCUCAAACACCGCAUAUUGUCCUAGCAAUCAGCGCCGCCGUAGAUAUUUCAUCUGCUUGCGCCAUUAUCAUUACCCGCGGUCUCAAUCUCUUGCGGUUUGAAAGCAACUCACUUGAACACCUUGCUCAAGUAGCGAGUGGUAACUACAGGCUUCUACCGUACGCGAUAGAGUUUUGGAUCGGACAUUGUUCGCAAUAUGCAUCGGGGAGAGGCAGACUCGGUAUGGAACAGCAAUUUCAGGAUCUUCUGACACAAAUGCAUGAGACACAUCAGAACUGCUGGCAUGCACUUGGGCGUACAGUAAAUCAGGUUGAGGCGAGGGACAAAACCAACGAUAGCAACCCGGAUGAGCGACUCCAGCUUUUUUCUGGCAUGGAGAUCUAUCAAUUGAUGGCAGAUAUACUACAUACCAGACUAUUAGCCAGUAAACUAGAUGGCGAUAGCAGCUCAUGUAAGUCCAGACCCAGUACAGUACCCCAUCACGAAGCUGCCCAUCAGCUCACAAUGCAAUUCUCAGACAUCGAGACGUACUUCAUCAAUAACGACCAAACGCUCUUUAGUCAGCUUUCUCAAAAAUACGAAAGUGCAAUCGUGCAUCUUUUGGCGCAACAUGAAGUUGAAGGCAUCUCGCCGGCCCUGCUCCGGGCAUUCCAAGAGUCAUAUGCUUCAACCGCCUUUUUUUGCCGCUUUCCACAUUGUGAUAGGCUUUCCCUGGGCUUUCCUACUACAAAACUCCGGUACGAACAUGAGGCUAUCCAUAUUCAACGCGUGUAUUGCCAGACGGCAUCCUGUCAGUAUAGCCGUAUCGGAUUUGCAAAGAGAACCGCACUUAAUGCGCACACGCGCAAACAUAAUGACUUUUGGGGCAGUUUCCUGAACCUCGGCAGCGACAGCAAUUCGUGGAACCGCGAUUUUCAUCUCAGCCAGAGGUUUUAUGAAUCUCAACGACAACAACAACUACUACUACAACAACAUAAACAACAAAACGAACAACGACGUCAACAACUUGAACAGCGACAGCAAGAAAGAAAGAAGGCAAUCCAAAACAUGGCGAUAAGCUUGAUGCGAACUUGCUCAAAAGAAACUCACCAGAAGUUCAAAAACGAUGUUCUGAGUUGGCCUGAAGCUCAGAAACAGCAACUCUUAGAUCAAGGCGUUGAUCCUAUCUUUUACCGCUUCCAAAAACAUGCCAGAGUGCUCUACUAUAAGGGCAGCGUUGAUGGAAUGACGGAAGGAGUAGAUGCAAGCAUAUCGAAAGAGUUGCCACAGGACCUCUCUGGAGAAGAUGAAGUAGUUCUAGGCAGGGAUCUGCUCAGCCUGCCCGAUAUCAACAUUGACGGAGAAGAACAUUCCUUCUAUAAAGAAGAUCUUGAGUAUGAUUGGGCUAAUUUUGACACCAUUAUACGAGGAGGUUCACAGGAUUUCCACGCUCCAAAUGAAGCCGCAUGUGAUCAGGUGCAGGACGGCUCUGAAAAGUCUCAGCCUUCCCAUCUUCUCAGAGAACAGUCGCCUGACUCGUCCGAUUAUUAUCUAAAAAGACAGCCUCAUCAAUCAGUCGACUUGGACGAGAAUGCGAACCCCAGCUCAAGUCAUGAUCCUCGUACUUUGUCUCGUUCAAAUACCCCAUUGCUUAAUUUUGACGAUGUUGAUUUCUUCGACUCCUCACAAUGGGACCGCAGAAUCCCUCAGUCUACAUUGGUACAGGAUGGGGAAUUAACACAUCUCGGGAAGCACUCAUUCGAUAGCACCUCCCUUCCCUGGCCCAAAGACUAUUCACCUCAUCCAUUGGAUCAGGGCCCAUCCUCUAUGCUCGACCUCUCUUCGUAUUCCCAGCUCGGAUCAGUUCAUACAAAACUGCCCCCUAUUUCUGAAAUGCAAGAUUAUAAAUCACCCUCGGCUACCGCGGUCUCAACAUCUACGACCAAAGGUGGUUCAACAAGCAAUCGCUCUCUGGAACCAUCUCCAAGCAUACGUUUAUAUAGGUUGGGUCAGUAA